CCCAUGAACUUGUCUCCGGAUCCAAAUUAAAACGAUUAAUUUCAAAACCCUUUUCUCCAAAAAAAGAAUGUGUAAUUUAAUCGUCUUCCUCGUCGUUCUUGCAUCAUCAUCAACCCUAACCGUCGUCAAAUCCGACAUGAACACCAUUCAGACAACCUGCAAGAACACAAAGUACUUCGACCUCUGCAUCUCCGCUCUCAAAUCCGACCCGAGAAGCUCGACCGCCGAUCCGAAGGGCCUCGCCGCAAUCAUCGCCGGAAACGCCACGGCCACAGCCAACGCCACGGCGGCAUAUCUCUCCGGCGAGCUCUAUGACUCCUCGAACGACAGCGUUUUGAAGAAGGUCCUCAAGGACUGUGGAGACAAAUACUCUCUCGCCGCCGAUUCUCUCAGGCUUUCGGUUCAGGAUCUGGACAGCGAAGAUUACGACUAUGCGUACAUGCACGUGAUGGCGGCGGAGGAAUAUCCCAACGUCUGCCGGAAUAUUUUCCUGCGGAGAAAGGGUUUGGUUUAUCCGCCGGAGAUUCGCCGGAGAGAGGAGGGUUUGAAACGCAUUUGUGAUGUCACGUCGGGCAUUAUUAUCAAUAGUCUCGGUGAAUGAUAUUCUUGCCCCUCAUUUAUAUAUAUGUAGUAAACUUUUCUGUUUUAUUUAGCUUUAUUUACAAGUUUAAUUAAUUACAAUGAAAUUUU